AUGCACCUGCUUCAGUCUGCAUCAUGGUUCACAAGAUGCACCUGUCACAGACCCUGUCCAUACUGCUUCUCUGCCUCCCACUCCCAGCCCGUUUGGUCAAGUACAUUAACCUUGUCAAUUUUGUUCCUCUUGUCUUCUGCAGUGUUGCAAGACAGAGCGGUGUGGCAGUUCAGGGCCAUGAUCUUGUGCACCAUGCCUGACAGUUUUCCCAUUCUGGAUUACACAGACUAUGGUUGCUACUGUGGCCUCGGGGGCUCUGGAGAACCAGUGGAUGAGCUUGACAGGUGUUGCCAGAUUCAUGAUCAGUGCUACAGUGACGCCAUGCAGCACAAGGACUGCUGGCCCAUUUUGGAUAACCCCUACACACAUAAGUACCACUACAGUUGCGACAAAACCACCAAAACUCUCACCUGUUUGAAGAAAAACGGCCCCUGUGAGCAGUUCAUCUGUGAGUGUGAUAGGAAGGCAGCCAUAUGUUUUGCUGGAGCUGGAUAUAAUGAAGAGAACGCGCAUCUCCCCAGUGACCGCUGCAAAUGA